UGCUACAAGGAAUAACAUAACAAUAAGGAGUCGUGAGCGGUCAGAUUAGCUAGCCUGUGGGUUUGUUGUUACCUGUCGCUGUGUUGAUCGACCAUAAUUGUACACAUUUAAAACUAUUAAAAAGAUCCUUAAAUCUACUGUUGGUGGUCUAACUCCAUAACCAUUACACCUCCUAUCACACCUACAAAGAAAUUGAAGAAAUUCUUGUAGUUAGUACGUUAGGAAAUUAAUUGCCGGCAUAACAGUGAUGUAUAACGUCGUCUGACAACAAGUAAAAUCACCGAACAUCAUGGUUUCAAAGAUAACUAAAAUUUAAGCUGUAAAGAUAGGAUUGUUAUUUCAACCUACACAAGCAAGACAGCUGCCUUGGACUAAAAUUUUUGGGAACUAUUAAAAUACUCAAAGUGCAGCCUUAAUUUUGUGUUUAAAGUACAAAGAAAAAUUAAAAAAUACUUUAUUUGAAUUUGGUGAAUGAAUAAAACUACAAUUAUAAUUUUUUUUUAAAUGUAUGAUUUCAGGUUCCUCUAAUUGAGUUCAUUAUGUCUUGUUCAAAAAUAACUGAGAAAGGUGAUGAGGAACCAGAGGAAGAGGCUGAUGAUACUUUAGUUGUCGUCGUAAAACCUGAUGGUACAGUUGCAAUAGAUCAGGCAACUUUUAAUAGAGUGAUGGAAAGUAAAAAAGAAACUAUGAAUAUCAUUCAUUUUGAGAAUAGUAGUAACAAAGUUAUUACUACUAAUUCAGAAAAUGGAGAACCAGAAAUAAAUUUAACUGUUCAAGGGUUUUAUCCUUCAAUAUCUACUAAAACAUUCUUGUCUCAAGUUGUUUCAGGUGAUGGUGAAAUAAAUACUGAUUUACUAGACUUAAAUGCAGAACAAUUAGAGCAGCUUGAAAGCUCCUUAACUGAUGUCAACAAAAUGAUCUUUGGUCAUGAUGAGUCAAGUAUAUUAGAUAUGUUGCACAAUGAAAAAGAAGAACUACCUCAAAAUCCCAUUUAUUUAGAUCAUUGUUAUUAUAAAGAUUGUUCAUCGAAUACCUCUGUUAAAAAAAACAAUGUUCUUUGUAAAAGUUCUAUUCCUCUUGAAGUUCAUAAUGUAACAAAACAACUUUUACAAUCACAAAUAGAAAAUCAAGUUGAAGAAAUUGAAGAAAUAACUGUUUCAGGUUCAGGAAAUGAAUCAAAUGAUGAGUUGUCAUCUACAAUGAUUGAUGUAUUGAAGUCUAAUAUUAAUCCAUCUCAUAAUUUAUUGAAUGAUAAUCAACCAGGUAACAGACGACCUCUCAAAGGAAAUAAAAUUAAUGAUGAAAAAUUAAAAAAUAUAGAUGUUAUCAAAUCAAGACAAGUUAUGACAAGAAAGAAAGCUGAAAAUGUUGAUCAAUCAAAUGAUUCUUCUGUUCUUAAUAAGACUAUAAAACGAAUUUUACCCAUGAAAUCCAACUCUAUACGACCAAUUACAUCAAAUAAAGGAACUCGGCAAAAGAAACAACAAAAUAUAGUUGUAGAUCAAAUUAUGUUACAGGCUAAUGAGUUAGUUCGUCAAUCUAGUAUUGAACCAAAGAAAUAUAUUCAAAAUCAAUUAAUGUUCAAAAAAAAUAAAGAAAAACUUGAAAGUAAUGAUAAUUCAUCUGACUUAAUUUUAUCAAGUACGCAAAAGUGUGUGUCAAAACUAUCGGAUGUACCAGAGUUAUUUUCUGUGCCAGACAUAAUUCAAGCUGAUGAUAAUAAAUUACACAAUAAUGAUGAUAUAGAGAAAAAUUCAAAAAAAAGAAAUUCUCUAAAAAAAGAACAAAAUCAAGCAGUUAUUGAAAAUAUGAACUCUAACUUAGAUUCAAUUUUAGUGAUAGAAGAAAAAAGAGUGAGGAAAAUUUCUAAUAAGCUUAAGGAUAGUCCAGUAAAAGAAAAAGUACAAUCUCUUGAGAGUUCUGUAACAAAAACAGUUGAGGAUAUAUUGAAUGACAUAAGCUCUAAAAUUGCAUGUCAAACUGAAAUAAUUGAUGAAGAAAACUUAAUUGAUGAGUUAGCUGAUCUUAAUGAAGACCUCAACUCUUCAAAUUUUGUUGCUCCUUCCAAUUCAAGCCAUGAUUUGAUGAAUAGUCUUUUAUCAGAUGAAAGCUUGAAUGAUAGUGGUCGUUCAAUAACAUCAUCAAAUGAUAAAUCUAAAAGUGUAACUGUGUUUUAUGGAAAAUCCGGCAGAUUAAUUACUUUACCACCUGUUGAAACUCCAAAAACACGAUCAUUAGUUAAAAAAGAACAUGUUGAAGCUAUUAAAAAAGAAGAUGAAAGACAAAGAAAAAUUUCAGAAACUUCAAAAAGUUUUACAGAUUAUAGUGAAGAAUCUGAUACUGACAGGGAUGGUAAUAUGACUUCUGAAGAUGAUCCGAAUAGACUCUGGUGUGUUUGCCGGAAACCACAUAAUAACAGAUUUAUGAUUUGUUGCGACACUUGUGAAGAUUGGUUUCAUGGUAAAUGUGUUGGUGUGACAAAAGCUCUAGGUGAACAAAUGGAAGCUCGAGGAGUAGAAUGGAAUUGUCCUCCUUGUAGAAAAAAGAAAACUGAUGAAGCUCGUAAAAAAUCAGAAGAUUCUAAAAUUAAAAUGGAAGAAGAAAGAAAAAAGAAAGUUCAUUUAAAAAGUCCUGUUAAAAAAAUAGAAGGACCUAAAAUAAACUCUACUUCAAAACAAAAAUGUGUUUCCUGUUCUAAAGAUAUUGAAAAAACUACUAGUAUCUUUUGUGAUGAUAAUUGUUUGGAUAAACAUAUUCAUGAAAGUGUAACGGCUAUAAAAGCAUGUAAUACAUCAGAAUCUCCAGACAUUAUUUUAUUUGACAAGAAAAACAGUAGAUUGAUAACUGGUGAACAAGCUCCUAAGAUAACAAACUUAAAACAAUGGAUGGUUGAAAACCCUACCUUUCAAAUUUUAAAACCAUCUGGGCCAGCAAAAUCAAAAAAAUCUCCAAUUCAAACAACUUCUAGUUCUCAAAAGUUAACUCAAUCUACUCUAAAAUUUAUUAAAAAAGAAAUUGAAAACCGUCCAAAAAAAUCAGUUCCUAGCCCAGAUAAAGUGAAAACAAAAGAUUUUAAAAAAGAGUUAUCAGAUGUACAAGAUCUUUUACAGCCUGAUAAAGUAAAGUUAGUGUUUGUAAAAAAAGAUAGUCAAAAAUUAUCGAUGGUUCAGAAAGAAUCUAAACCAGUUAUUCCACAAAAAGAUAUGCCCAAAUCUAUUCAAACUUCGUUAUCAUUUAAACCUAGUACCCAAAUUCAAUCAAAGCCUCUCCCAGUUCAAAAAACUAUUAAAAAAAAACCGGAACCUGUUAAAGAAAUUUCCAUGGAUAAAAGAGAUGAAUCCCAAUUACGUAGUAAUGUAAAAAAAUCUUUGCUUGAGUCCUUAAGUAGUAGAAUAUCUGAAGAGCCUGAAUUAAAAACAGCUGAAGAAAAUUUAGAUAAAUUAAUAACAAAUAUUGAAGAAGAACUGUAUAAUCAAUUUGGUAAAGUGGACCAAAAGUAUAAAACUAAAUACAGAAGCUUGGUUUUCAAUAUAAAAGAUCCCAAAAAUUUAAAUUUCUUUAAAAAAAUUAUGUUUCAGUGGGUUACUCCUUACCAAUUGGUACGCAUGACAGCUGAUGAGAUGGCCUCUCAAGAGUUAGCAGAAUGGAGAGAAAGAGAAAAUAAACAUCAGAUUGAGAUGAUUAGAAAAACUGAAUUGGAUUUGAUGAAUCAAUCUAAAGCUCUAGUUAUGAAAACUCAUAAAGGAGAAGAAAUAAUUGAAUCUAAAGAUAAAACGUGUGAAACAAUUGUACCUGAACUCAAUCCAGAUAUAAAAAUUGAAGAGAAAAAACCUCCGAUUCUAUUUAAGUUACCCAAAGAAGAUAGGAAAGAUAAGAAAAAAAGUAAAUAUAAAGAGAGAAGCCAUAGCAGAGAUCAUGACCGUAGACAUCACAAAUCAAGCAAAAAUAGGCAUAAAUCUCAUAAAGAUAAGAGACAUAGAAGUAGAGAUAGAAGUAAAGAUAAAAAAAUUGAAAAAGUAAAAAUUACUGAAAAUAAACCUGAUCAACCUCCUAUUGAAGUAGAAAUUCAAAAAGAAGACAAUAUAAGUGAUAGGGAACCAAGUUCAACUGUAGUUAUUGCUACACCACCUCGAAUAGAAGAAGAAGCAAGUCCUAUUUGGAAGGGAACUAUUAAUUUCACAGAUGUAGCUAGAUGCAAUGUUACUAUGACACGUUUAUCUGGUAAUAUAACUGGGUUAGAAUCUGAACUGACAUUGAGUGUACUGCAAUGUGUUGGCCGGAUUAAACAACAAACAGUAUGGGAGUAUAUGAGCAAAUUAAAGAAAACUGGAACAAAAGAUAUUGUAGUUACUAAGUUAUCAGCUAGUGGAAUUGAGCAGCAAAUGUCAUACUUAAGUCUAUAUCAGUAUUUAAGUGCUAAAAAUCGUAUUGCUGUUAUUGACAAUAAACCUUUUCCAGACAUUAAAGAUUUUUAUAUUUAUCCUCUUGGAAGUCAUAGCCCUAUACCUCAAGUGUUAUUACCAUUGGAUGGACCUGGUGUUGAUGAUUACCGAACACAUUUACUACUUGGUAUAGUUGUACGAAACUCUAAAAGACCUUGGUCUCAAGUGUGGAAACCACCACCUGAAGAUAGUUAUACUUUAACUAAUAUUGAUGAAACCAUAGGUUUACCUCAUUUAAAACCUGGAUUACCUAUAACUCAAGACAGUUAUUCACCUAAAGAAAGUUAUACUCCUCCUAGAUCGCCAACAAAUAAAAUUCUAAGUUUGCCAACACCAGUUUUGCCUCUUACAACUACACUGACGGAUGAUGAUUUGCCAUAUAUACCUGGAGAAGAAGAACCCUAUUCACCUGUUGAUGAAGACUUGCCCAAUAUAUCUGAAGAAAUAGGUGCUACAACAAAUAUUCAACAACAAAUGGAAGAAUUAACAAGAAAAAUUGAAAAAGAAAAAAUGAUGAUUCAGAUGAUGACUGCUGGAUCUCAAAGCACAGUUACAACUGUUGAUGUGUUGGAUCCUGAUGAAGAAGUGUAUAGUCCAACUAGUGAGUUAACUCCUUUAACUACAGACAUUCAGUUGCCAAGCAACAUUAAAGACAUACUUUCUUCUAUUAGCUCGAAGGAAUCACAAUCUACUGAUAUAGAAUUAUCUAAAACUUCUUUAGAUGUAGAAAAAAAAUGUAGGGAUCCUCGACAACGAUCUGCUGUAACAUCUGCUGCUGAACCACCACCUCCGGGUCUUGAAGAUGAAUAUCCAUCUCCUUGUAAUCCAGAUACUAGUUUACCACCUCCUAACUAUAAUACGCCAUAUAUACAAAUGAACUAUAUUGCUCCAAUGCCUUAUCCUUAUCCCCCUCCGGGGUACACAUACCCAACUCAGUAUAGAUCACAACAACCUCCACCUCCACCAAUUGGACCAGACCAAAGUAACUUUAAUUAUAAUCCACCUACCUAUCCAUAUAAUAAUAUGUACCAACAUCCUCCGCCACCACCACCACCUCCACCGCCACCUUAUCCACUUAAUAAAAAUAAAAAAAAAUCUGGAUAUUGGGUUGGAAGCAAUUCAAAAGAUGAACCCAAAAAGAAAAAAUAUAAAAAGUCAAAUGACCGUAGAGAUAACAAAGACCGUUGGAGACGUAUGUAAUUGUUUCCUAAUUUAUUUUAUGUAUUUUUAUAAUUUUAUGUUCUUAUAAUAUAUUGCGUAUUAAUGUUAUUUUAGAUAUAUGUUAAACAUAUAUUUUAUUAUUAAUGAAUAUAUGUAUUUAUUAUAUA